AUGUCAAUCAGGAGCCAAAACAGUGCACCUGAGACCGAGGGAGUUCGGUUACCUCCGAAUCCACGCCGCCGAAAGGUUCCAACAGGGGAACGCAAGAGAGCCACCCAAGCGUGCAAUGCCUGCAAUAUCAGGAGAGUCAAGUGCUCUGGAGAAGAGCCUUGCUCACGAUGCAUAUCCAGCUCGCGAGUUUGCAAGUAUCCUCCUCCCAAGGAGAGGGUCCUUGUACCGAAAGAAACAUACGAAGAACUUCAAGCGCGAUGCAUGCUCUUGGAACGCUGUCUCACAGACGCUGUUCCUUCAGAAAGCAAUCGUGAAGUGCUGGUAGCAAAAUGGUCCAAGUCAGCUCAGACAACAGAGCCAGCACACUCAAAUGGCAGUCCUCCUCCCGAUGAGCAAGGAGAGGCUGGCGAUGGAAGAAUCUUGAGGGAUGCCGAAGGCCAAUCCAGAUAUCUUGGCGAGUCGUCAGGUGCGGCGUUCAUCGAUCGUCUCCGAGAAUUUGUUGGGACUGUGUUUCCGCUGCUCGAGAGAAGGGAUGGCUGGUCUUUGCCUCUACAAGACGAAAUUUUCACAUCACUUCUCGGCCGAUAUCACACCCAUGACUCUAGGCCAUUGAUGCUUCCAAAUAUUGACCCUUUCUUUCUCCCAGAACCGGAGGAAAUAUCUAAGCUUGUUUCGAUUUUUCGAUUUUAUGCGGGAGACGGGAGCGGCUUGUCUCAAUGCGGAGGAAUCUACUACUGGGGCAAUCUGGAACAGCUUCAAGAGAAGGCGCGACGGCAAGCAGCUCGUAUUACAGAAAUGGGAGAAGGCAUGGAUACGCUGUGUAAUUUGAAUGCUAUCAUGGCACUUGCGUGCCAAUACGACCCAUCUCUUGGCUUACCGUGGGAAACACAUCCUGGCGAAACAUUCUUUGCUCGUGCGAAGUUCUUUCUCAUUAAUCCGAUGGAAGACACGAGUCUAUCUUAUAUGCGUGGGUUAUGCCUCAUGGGUCAGUAUCUACUUGGAUUGUAUCGUAGAGACGCAGCCUUCACUUAUAUUGGACUUGCUGUGCGGAUUUCUGUCAUACAUGGGCUCCACAAAGCUGGACGGUCGGAGGAGCAAACGAAGAGGGAAUUUUGGAAUACCUUUAUUCUGGAUCGGUGGUUAAGCUGCCUUAUGGGGAGACCGACCACGCUGCCUCGAGAGGCAAUUACUGUAGAUAUGCCGGUCGAUAUCGACCUCCCAUUGGCCACGGGGCUUCGUGCGCAUGCUCAACUGGCACUUAUAAUGGACGAAAUAGUCAACAGUGUCUAUGGAAUAGCCAGCACUGGCCUCAACUAUCCCCAGACUCUCACUCGAGCAGAUACAGCCCUCCAAAAGCUCUCCUUAUGGAAAGCUGACCUGCCUUCAUCACUGCAAGUACAAGGAGAAAUUGAAGCCGGCGAGAGAGCAAGCCUCGUUCUUCACAUGAUAUAUAAUCAGCUCAUAAUCCUUUGUACCCGGCCCUCCCUCUUUCAAGCAGCCAAGCAAUCAGUCGCAGCAAAAUACCUUCCGACGUACCAGCACCGCCAGACCUGGAACGCCUCCCACGUCGAAACCUGUGCUGCUGCUGCUCAUGAAAUUACAGGACUGGUACAACGACUCCUUCUCACGAAUCAUACCGCCGUUCUCUUCGACUACCACUUCCCUUUCAACGCUGCCAUUGUAUUAGAACUCGCUUCUCUGCUGAAUGAUGCGGCGGAGCAUACUGAUAGCAUCAAUAUUCUGGUGGGCUAUCUGCAGAAGGCUGGGGAUCAGAGGAACGAAUCCGCUGCAGAUUGUGCGCGGAUUGUGAUGGAAUUCGGUGAUGUUGUUACACGGCUCAAAUCGCAGAGUCAAAAAAGCCGCAAUGGCAUGCAGGGAGAGGUUCACGCCGGCUCUGUUGGCUAUAUCACGAACAACACCGAAGGUCAAGAAACUCAAGAAGAGCAAGCCGCGACCUAUGAGGAACUGUUGUCAUGGUUUACAGAAGGUCUAACUUGA